CCCGGGUGAGUGGCGGCCUGGGCUGAGUCGACCCUACGGGCGGGCAGCGGGACAGGGUCCCAGACAGAAGCUUGCGAUGCGCGGGGUCAGCCCUGCUCAGGGAACUGGGCAGGUGCAGGUGUCCCGGCCCAGACGGACCGAUCUGUGGAGGGACUCUCUGGUAUGAGUGUCCCUGUCUGGUUGGCGAGUGGACGGUGCCUCAGACCCAGUGGGCUACCAGCUGAAGGUGUUCUCUUGGGAAACUCUUGGCCCCACGGGCUCUCUUGCCUGGGGUGUCGAUCCUGCCAUGGCGUUCCGAAGGACUGAGGGCAUGUCCAUGAUCCAGGCUCUGGCCAUGACGGUGGCGGAGAUCCCUGUAUUCCUGUACACAACCUUUGGGCAGUCUGCAUUCUCACAGCUGCGGCUGACCCCAGGCCUGCGCAAGGUUCUCUUUGCUACAGCCCUCGGGACUGUGGCCUUGGCCCUAGCUGCCCACCAGCUGAAGAGGCGCCGGCGGAGGAAGAAGCAGGUUGGCCCUGAAGUUGGAGGUGAACAGCUGGGCACAGUGCCCCUGCCCAUCCUUAUGGCCCGGAAGGUCCCAUCAGUGAAGAAAGGUUACUCCAGCCGGAGGGGACAGAGCCCCAGUAGCAAGAGCAAUGACACUCUCAGUGGCAUUUCCUCCAUUGAGCCCAGCAAACACUCAGGCUCCUCCCACAGCCUGGCCUCGAUGGUGGUGGUGAACUCAUCCAGUCCCACUGCUGCGUGCUCGGGACCGUGGGACAUCCGAGGGAUGGAGGAGUCUGUGCCCACCACCGAUGGCAGUGCUGAGCGUCUCUAUGCACAAGGCAUGGAGCUCUUUGAGGAGGCACUGCAGAAGUGGGAGCAGGCCCUGAGCGUGGGCCAGAGAGGGGAAGAUGGCAGCACCCCCACGCCAGGGGACAGCCUCCGGAGCCCUGAGACUGCCUCUGAGGCACUGUCAGAGCCAGAGUCACAGCGCAGGGAGUUUGCGGAGAAGCUGGAGUCCUUGCUGCACCGGGCCUACCACCUGCAGGAGGAGUUCGGCUCCACCUUCCCCUCGGAUAGCAUGCUGCUGGACCUUGAGAGGACCCUCAUGCUGCCCCUCACCGAGGGCUCGCUGCGUCUGCGGGCUGACGACGAGGAGAGCCUGACUUCAGAGGACUCCUUCUUCUCAGCCACUGAGCUCUUGGAGUCCCUGCAGGUGGGGGACUACCCGAUCCCACUAUCUAGGCCUGCUGCUGCCUACGAGGAGGCCCUGCAACUGGUGAAAGAUGGGAAGGUGCCCUGUCGCAGCCUCAGGACGGAGUUGUUGGGCUGCUACAGUGACCAGGACUUCCUGGCCAAGCUGCAUUGUGUGCGGCAGGCCUUUGAGGGGCUCCUGGAAGACCAGAGUAACCAGCUGUUCUUCGGAGAGGUCGGCCGGCAGAUGGUGACAGGCCUGAUGACCAAGGCUGAGAAGAGCCCCAAAGGCUUCCUGGAGAGCUAUGAGGAGAUGCUGAGCUAUGCCCUGCGGCCUGAGACCUGGGCCACCACUCGGCUGGAGCUGGAGGGCCGUGGGGUGGUUUGCAUGAGCUUCUUCGACAUCGUGCUUGACUUCAUCCUCAUGGAUGCCUUCGAGGACCUGGAGAACCCCCCAUCCUCAGUGCUUGCUGUCUUGCGAAACCGUUGGCUGUCAGACAGCUUCAAGGAGACGGCCCUGGCCACUGCUUGCUGGUCGGUCCUGAAAGCCAAGAGGAGGCUCCUGAUGGUGCCCGAUGGCUUCAUCUCCCAUUUCUACUCCGUAUCGGAGCACGUUAGUCCCGUCCUGGCCUUUGGCUUCCUUGGACCCAAGCCCCAGCUCGCUGAAGUCUGUGCUUUCUUCAAGCACCAGAUUGUGCAGUACCUGAGGGACAUGUUUGACCUGGACAAUGUGCGCUACACAUCGGUGCCAGCGCUGGCGGAUGACAUCCUGCAGCUGUCCCGGCGCCGCAGUGAGAUCCUUCUGGGAUACCUGGGGACACCAAUGGCCAGCAGCAUUGGCCUGAAUGGGGCACUGCCCAGAGAGAACGGGCCCCUGGCAGAGCCGCAGUAGUGGCAGGCCUGGGCGGAGGGCAGGUGGCUGCCUGGCCUCGCUCAUGCAGAUGGGAGAGAAGGUGACCCUCCCUCCUUUUGGGUUGGCAUUCAAGGGCCAUGGUGGCCAGGGCAGUUGCCUCUGAGCUUGCCCCACCCCCCUCACCUGGGAAUCCCCAAGGCCCAAAGAGCAAGUUUCCCUGGACGGGGCUGGAGGCAUGGAGAGGCCCGCCUGAGUGCCUUCAGCUGUCUCUGGGGAAGGGUCCGUGGGAGAGGGUGGCAUCGUGGAGACCUGGGACAGGAAAAGCCAAAGUCCUGUGAGUGUGGGGCCCCAGAAGCUCUGACUACCCUAGGGCUGUCCACAGGUGGGCUCUGAAGGGGGAGGUGGAGGUGGGAGCGGCACGGCCUCAUGGUGAGCAUCACGGAGUCCUGAGCUACAGCACCCUGCACCUGUGUGGCCGGUCUCACGACCCAGGUGUCCACUGGUCAGUCCAGAAGGCCCCACCCUGCCUGCCUCCUGCAAGAGUUUGCAAGUACGCACAGGGGUGGGGGACAGCACCUAGUGGCAAAGGUCUGGGUCAUCCAGAGGUUGACAGAAGGCUGGGCUGCAGCUCAGGGGUAUGGUGUUUGUCGAGUGGUGCAAGGCCCUGGGUUCCAUCCCCAGUGCUGCCAAAAAAAAAUUUUGUUUUUUCCAGGACAGAGGUGGGCCUGCUCCCCCUGUGCUCCCCCUGGCAGGGACUGGCCCUGACAAACCCAAGCACCAACCCAGGAUACUGUCCCCCCGUGUGCCCCUACCCUGCCAAAGACUGUCAUUUCUCCUUCCACCUCUGCCACCACCAAAGAUGGAGAAGGUGGUGCUGGGUGCUCCGGGCCCCUCCCACCCCCCUGGGAAGCCAGGAAUUCCCUGAGUGGUGCUAGGCUGGAGUUGGGGGUGCUGACCAGGGGUACUCGGGACCAUCACCUGUGCUGCCAUCAGUAGCCCCAGGAUGAGGGGCCAGGGACCACGGUGGGGGAUGUCAGAAGAUGAACACGGCUGGACCAGAUCCCCCACCCUCAUGGGGACAAGAAACGACCUGGCAUUGUACCUUCAACACAACGCACAGACGCUCCAGGAGCCGACUAAGGGAGUGGAGCCCACCUCAGGGCUGGCGCCACCCGCUGCUCCUGUGGAGAUCCUGCUAGCAUCUGUCCCAGCAGCUGCCAGGCUCUGCCAGCCCUUCAGACUCGCGGCUCUGCCAGUGCUUUGCCUGAGCUGGAAAGUUUUAUUUAUUGCCUUAACACUUUAUUUGGAGUUUCUGCCCCUUCCAGGUUCUGAGACCUUUAGAGAAACAGACUCCUGGCUUCCCAGGCAGGAGCCAGAGCACUGGAUUGGGAAGAGCUGCUGGGUGGGGAGGGCACACCCAGAAGGGGGACCUGUGAAGGGUGAUGCUGGGCAUGCCUGUCCUCUCUGCAUCUGGUCCCCAGAUUGGAGGACCCAUGGGCACUAGUGUGGCUCUGGCCUGACCCCCUCCCAGCCCUCCAUCCUCACAUUCCUUCUUUUGCACUUACCCUGCGCUGUGAAUGUACGCCUGGGCCCUCGCUGUCCUGACUGCCCCGGUCACUGGAAGUGGCUUCUCACCUGGCCUUUGUUUACACGCCGAGCACUUGGCCUGCUUCCAGCUUCUGUGUGGCGCAGCGUGUGGUGGAGCCUGUGCGUUGACCGCGAGUCCAAUAAAUGACGGACACCAUCUCCUCCUGCACUGACAUGGGGAUGGGGUAGCUCUUUGCUUCUUGGCCAAAGCGGGACAAAGAGCGGGAGAGAUCCCUCACUGAACAGGACUACUGGUGCUCACAGGCGGGCGGGAGGUGGGCGCCUUGGGCGUGCACUCACCUCAGCGCUGUGGCAGGAAGGCCACCUCCCUCCGGGGCUUAGUUUCCAGGUCUGCAAGCUGUAGGCACAGGACGGGGCCCACAGGCUUCCAGGCUCAGUUUCUGUGACUGCACUAGGAGAGCCCAGCAGGGGCAGGGGCAGGGGCAGGGAGACCUGUGGGGAUGCAGAUCCAGCCUGCCAUGUCUUCAGGUACUUCAUGGAAAUCUGAAAAUCACAAGCUGUUAAGUCUCAGCAAUGUGGGAGGCUGAGGUAGGAAGAACAAAACUUCAAGGCCAACUUGGGCAACUUAACAAGGUCCUGCCUCAAAAUUAAAAAGUGGGCUGGGUGCCAGCAGUGGUAGCGUAGCACAUGCCUAUAGUCCCAGCACUCAGGAGGCUGAGGCAGGGGGAUGGCAAGUAGCCUCAGCAAUUGAGCAAGACCUAAGCUACUACCAAAAUUAAAAAGUGGCAGGGUGUGGUGGUGCUGGGAACAUAGCUCUGUGAUAGAGUGCUUGCCUAGCAUGCAAGAAGCCCUGGAUUUGAUCUCCAGUUUUAAAAAAACAAGAAUUCAAAUGUUACACAGAAGUUUUAGGGGGAACCUUUUAAGUCUGGGGUUAAAGCUGCUAUUGUAGCUCAGUGGUACAAUGCUUGCCUAGUAUGUAUGAUGAGGCACUGGGUUCAAUCCUUGGCACCACUUAUAAAUAAACAAAACAAAGGUACUGUGUUCAUCUACAACCACACACACACACAAUGUCGGGUUGUAGCUCAGUAGUGGAACACCUGCUUAGCAUGCACAAAGCCCUGGGUUCAAUUCCUGACCCUGCAAAAUAAAACAAAGCCUAUAAAGAACACCCCUAAAACUAAUAUCUCUAGUCAGUAUUUAGUACUUAACUAUAGUAUUUCCUGUAUGUAUUUUCCAAUUCCUUGCUGUGUGGGUGUGGUCCUUGGGAUUGAACCCAGAAUCUCUCACAUGCUAGGCAAGCACUGUAUCCCUGAGCUCCCUCCCUAGCCUUUCCUGUUUUAUUUUCAGACAGGAUCUCACUCAUUUGCCCAGGUUGGCCUUCAACUUGAGGUCCUCCUGCCUCAGCCUCCUGAGUAAGAGGGAUUCCAGGUGUGCACCACCACAGCUGGCUUCUUUUCCAAAAUAUUUUUAGUUUUCAGGUGUGAACUUCACCCAUGAAUACUUGAAGCAGGUAGUUCUUCAGAAGGUAAUUAUUCUUCAGCAAGACCCGCACACCAAAGUCACACCUAAACUAUUAGUGAUUCUCUAGUGUGUUUCUUGGUUUGUUUUAAAGAAUUUUGUAAAGGUGUAAUUUGCAAACGAUAAAAUGUACUUGCUGUAAUGAUUUUUGGUACUUUACUAAAAAUAGUUGUGUAUCAACUACCACACACAGCAUCAGCACAUUGCCAUCACGUUGAAAAGACCCCUCGUGCUUGUUUGCAGAAUGUCCCCCAGGCCACCACCAACCUCUAUUCUAUACUUGCCUUUUCUGGGCCUUUUCUAUAAAUGGAGUCACACAUUA